AUGAAGUCAACAGCUGCCUUGGUGGGCCUCCUCGGCCUGGCUGGCUCAGCCCUGGCUGAUCCCACAUGGCCCAACGCAGUCGACGAGAUUGAGGAGAUCAUGACCCAGCUCCAGUCGUUCCGCGCCCGUAAAUUCGCCGACACCGUGAACCCAUGCUCCAACGAAGCCUCGGGGCCCGGCCGGCAGAACGCCGCUGAGUGGCUCCGGGUCGGCUUCCACGACAUGUCCACUGCCAACAUCAACUUCGGCAUUGGUGGUCUGGAUGCCUCGCUCCAGUACGAGCUGGACGAUGGCGAAAACACCGGGCCUGGCCACAAGACGACGCUCGAAUUCAUGGCUCCCUAUCUCUCUCCCCGGUCCAGCUUGGCUGACCUUAUCGCCCUGGGCGUCUACACAUCUGUCCGCUCUUGCGGCGGUCCUGCUGUGCCAAUUCGUGUUGGCCGUAUCGAUGCCACCGGCAAGGGACCUACAGGCGUUCCCCAGCCCCAAAACUCUGUCUUCACCUUUCAGCAGCAGUUUCAGCGCAUGGGCUUCAGCACUCAGGAAAUGAUCCAAGUCACCGCCUGUGGUCACACUCUUGGUGGCGUCCACAACACUGAGUUCCCCGAUAUCGUUCCCGCCGGAACUGGACUCCAGGGCGAGGCUGGUCUCGACAGCUCCGACGCCGUCUUCGAUAACAAGGUCGUGACUGAGUAUCUCUCCGGAGAGACCCAGAACCCUCUUGUUGUCGGCCCAUCCGUCAAGAUUAGCAAAAACUCCGACUUCAAGGUUUUCAAUUCUGAUAACAACGCGACCAUGGAGGCCUUGGCCGAUGCCGAUACCUUUACCUCUGUCUGCAAGACUGUCCUGCAAAAGAUGAUUGAGGUUGUCCCUCCGGGCGUCACUUUUUCCGACCCAAUUGUGCCUUACAACAUCAAGCCGGUCAACUUGCAGCUGACUCUUGCCAAUGGCGGCACCACUCUCCAGUUUACGGGCUUUAUCCGUGUCAAGACUACCGGCCUUGCCAAGGCCAGCAUACCCAGCGUAACCCUCACUUACAAGAACCGCAAGGGCACCACCGACUGCGGCCUCAGCUCUUGUGUCAUCACCGCAACUCGUCAGGGCACCAGCCAAGGCUUUGAUGAUACCUUUGACUUCUUCCCCUUCACGGCCAACAUCCUUGCUUCUUCGGGCAUCUCAUCCUUCACCGUCACUGUCAACAAUGCCGACGGUACCAAGGACAUCUACGACAACAACGGAAAUGAGUAUCCUGUCCAGGAUGCCAUCAUCUUCCAGGCUCCCCAGAGCUGUGUGCUAGGAUCUUCGGGUGCUCUGACUGCUGUCGCUGCCGUCCGCAACGAUCGCCUCAGCCAGGGUGCGCAAGCUAAAAUCUGGUUCAAGACUCCCCAGACCACCAGCCCCGUUCCUCUGUUGCAGAGCACCACCGUCGACCUCCAGAAGGGCCAGUGUGUUGGAUCCUACACUUUGUUCAACAUCGACACCACCAUCCAGGGUGGUCUGGCCUACCAGGGAUAUGUCGAUGUCAUCAACGGUGACCAGUCUGACAGCUUCAAGUCCCUCGCCAACAUUGGCGGUACUUGCCGUGACUUUGCCAGCCCAGCCGCCUGCAACGGAGGAGAUGAGGGAUCCGGUGGCACAACGGGCCUCCCAACCAUCCCAGCCACUACCACCGAUGCCGUGCCAACUACUUCCGAGUCUGCUACCAGUGAGCCCGCGACCAGCGAGCCUGCCACCAGUGAACCUGCUACUAGCAACCCCGUUACCACUGCGCCUCCGACAACAACGGCGCCUCCGACAACUACUGCAGUUCCCACUCCUACUCACAAGCCUUCAGUCGAUGGUUACGUCCUUGUUUCUUGCUGGACCGAAGGCGAUGGCGUUCGUGCGCUUGCUGGCAGCGCCUAUGCCAAUGACACUAUGACUCUGGAAACCUGCAGAGACUUUUGCAGCAGCUAUGUCUACUGGGGUACCGAGUAUGGCCGCGAAUGUUAUUGCGGUAACACGCUUGCCAAGAGCAGUGAGGCAGCCCCCAUUGAUCAGUGCAACAUGGUUUGCGGUGGUGAUGGUAGUGAAUUCUGUGGUGCCGGCAACCGUCUUGAGCUGUACUCAACCACCGUCACCCAGCCUCCCACUCCCACCGGCACCCUUACUCACGAGCCCACCGUUGGUGCCUACACGUUGGUGGGUUGCUGGACGGAAGGUCAAGGCGAUCGCGCUCUGGGCCAGGCAGCUACCCAGGCAGCUGACAUGACCAACGAGGCUUGUGCCGAGUUCUGUUCCGACUACAGGUACUUUGGUACUGAGUAUGGUGAUGAGUGCUACUGUGGAAGCUUCCUUUCCACUUCGAGCGCAACCGCUCCCCUUGCCGAUUGCAACAUGCCCUGCGGUGGUAAUCAGUUUGAGUACUGCGGAGCCAGCAACCGCCUUGAGCUUUACAUCAACGCCAACGUUACUGGCGGAGAGCCUGAACAACCUGCUGCUGCUGGCGACUUUGUGUUUGUCGGCUGCCAGACGGAGGGCAACGGCACCCGUGCCCUGACUGGCGCUGCCACUGCAACAGGCACCAUGUCAGAUGAGGCCUGUGCCGACUUCUGUGCUGACUUUACGUACUUUGGCACCGAAUACGGCAGCGAAUGCUACUGUGGCAAUACCCUGGAUCCUUCAUCUCUAAAGGCUCCGGCGUCUGACUGUAACAUGCUUUGCAGCGGCAACGAGCUCGAGUACUGUGGUGCGGGCAACCGCCUGUCGCUGUACACCAAGAAGCCUACUGAGCUUACUGAGUAG